AGAUACUGUGACCGCAGCACACCCUUAAAUGCUGACGGUGAUAGGAUGUGCUUUUUGAGCCUAUUCCGACGAUUCUCCGAUACUCCACCGAAAUCGAUACCUGCUCUGGUGUCGCCUUUUCCACAGGAGUCCGCUGACUAAUUCAGUAGCUGCCGCAAAAAGCUAAGCAGGCUAGUAAUACUGGUUAAAACUGGUUUACAUACCGCAGUGGUGACGCAAGCUACGGCUAUGCGUUGCCAAGAAAUCCGCCUUGGUAUAAAAUCCCCUCAGAAAUCGUCAGGAUGCCCUAGAUCGCUGCAGUAUUAACGGACCCAAUCCCCUCAACCAGUGCCCAAGCAACCUACCUCGACCAUGUCUAUCGUUCCCACCAUCGAAUUUGGUGUUCCCUGGCGACAAGAUCCGUGUGCCUAGGAUCGGCUACGGAGCAAUGACUGUAACCCCUGUGUACGGUCCAGUUGACAAUGACGAAGCGCUUCGCACCCUGAAGCGCACCAUUGAGCUUGGGUCGACCUUUUGGGACACUGCCGAUUUAUAUGGUUUCGGCAGCAGCGAGCGCUUUUUGUCCGAAGAACUGAAAAGGAACCGCAACGGGAUCUUUAUCUGCACCAAGUUUGGCAAUGCAUACCGUAUGCCUGAGCCCGGAUUCAAGGGCAACUUUGCUUCGUUAAUCACAGGAAUUCGCGGAGACCCUGAGUAUGUGCGUGCCUCCGUUGAAGGCAGCCUUGAGCGCCUCGGUGUAGACAGAAUCGACCUCUACUACCAGCACCGCGUCGACCCAAAUACACCUAUUGAAAAAACAGUGGCUGCGAUGGCAGAGCUGGUCAAGGAGGGCAAAGUGCGCUACCUCGGACUGUCCGAGUGCAGUGCCGACACUCUGCGUCGCGCCUACAAAGUCCACCCAAUUGCUGCUGUGCAGAUGGAGUACAGCCCGUGGACUAUCGACAUUGAAACAAACGGUCUGCUGGAUGCGUGCCGUGAGCUUGGCGUGACUCUUGUAGCGUAUUCGCCUCUGGGCCGUGGCUUCUUGACCGGACAAAUUCGCAAGUUCGAAGACCUUCCUGAGCGCGACUGGCGCCGCACCAACCCGCGGUUCCAGCCCGAGAACUUUGCCCACAACAUCAAGCUUGUCGAGGGCUUCGAGCGCAUCGCGGCAAAAAAGGGUGUCAAGCCAGGACAGCUUGCACUUGCAUGGCUCCUGGCUCAAGUGGACAACCUCAUUGUGAUUCCUGGAACCAAGCGCGUCAAAUACCUUGAGGAGAAUGUCGCUGCUGCCCAAAUCAAGCUUACCGAGGAGGAAAUUGAAGAGAUCCGUGAGCUGGUUGACAAGGCCAACGUCAAGGGGGAGAGAUACGACGAAGUACAAAUGAAGCUUGUUGACGCAUGAAUAGAAUAAAACUAUAUCUCUGCACAUAAACUAUAACUUAUCGGUAGUGACUGGCAUGGUUGAUUCAUUACGGCAACACUGGAUAUGCUAAUAGAA